AUGGAGAGGUACGAGGUGAUCAAGGACAUAGGAUCGGGCAACUUCGGGGUUGCCAAGCUGGUCCGGGACGUCAGGACCAAGGAGCUCUUCGCCGUCAAGUUCAUCGAGCGGGGGAUGAAGAUUGAUGAGAAUGUCCAAAGAGAGAUCAUGAACCACAGGUCGCUGAGGCAUCCAAACAUAGUUAAAUUUAAGGAGGUUGUGCUAACUCCCACACAUUUGGCCAUAGUUAUGGAAUAUGCUGCUGGUGGUGAGCUAUUUGAAAGGAUCUGCAAAGCUGGAAGAUUUAGUGAGGAUGAGGCAAGAUUCUUCUUCCAACAACUGAUUUCAGGAGUUAGCUAUUGUCAUUCAAUGCAAAUAUGUCAUAGAGAUUUGAAACUAGAAAACACUCUCCUGGAUGGCAGUAUAGCACCUCGGCUAAAGAUAUGUGAUUUUGGUUACUCCAAGUCCUCUGUGUUGCACUCUCAACCAAAAUCAACUGUCGGGACACCAGCUUACAUUGCUCCAGAGGUCCUUGCUAGAAAGGAGUAUGAUGGAAAGGUCGCCGAUGUUUGGUCAUGUGGAGUUACUCUGUAUGUGAUGCUUGUUGGUGCUUAUCCCUUUGAGGACCCCGACGAACCGAAGAAUUUCCGCAAGACGCUUACUCGGAUUCUCAGCGUCCAAUACGCGAUUCCUGAUUUUGUCCGAGUUUCAAUGGAGUGCAGACAUCUGCUGUCUCGGAUCUUUGUGGCGAACCCUGAGCAACGGAUAACCAUCCCAGAGAUCAAGAACCACCCGUGGUUCUUGAAGAACCUGCCCAUCGAGAUGACUGACGAGUACCAGAUGAACCUACAGCUGGUCGACAUGAAUGUCCUCUCGCAAAGUCUGGAGGAGAUCAUGGCCAUCAUACAGGAGGCCCGGAAGCCCGGCGACGGGCUGAAACAUGCGGGACAGCUCCCUGGCCUGGGGAGCAUGGAGCUGGAUGACAUUGAUGUCGAUGACAUUGAUGUCGACGACAUAGACGUUGAGGACAGCGGCGACUUUGUAUGUGCCUUGUGA